UAGCGAGUAGCAACGCGAUCAAGUUCUGCAGCGGCGCGUUUCGCGGAGAUCUACUGUAACGCGCUAUUUUGUAUGUACUUCGAUUCAAGGAGGUAUUUUUUUCCACCAGACACCAGACCAACCGAAACACGUUUCUUUCGACCUCACAGAGAAUUAUCUUCUUGACAUUUCAGUUUUGAGUAGGAAAAAAAGAAUAUCAGGUUUACGAGAACACCUACACUUUUUUCGCUUUGCAGCCCGGGGUGAGUCAGACAGCAAGUUCAACAACGGAUCUGCAGAUUUUUUUCUUUAGUCUGUCAUUUUUACAACUACUAUGUGCUACUAAAUUUUAACACCUUUGGAUAUGUCCCAUUCUUCCAGAGGAAAAAAACGAGUGAAUGGCCCGACCACCCUAAUCGAAAGCGGGGAAGGUGGAGAGUCGCAGACCACUAGCGGAGCAUACUCCCAGCCCGGCCAGUCCGAGACCCGCCAGCCCGGCGAAGGGGACCAUAAGCGGGGAGGAAUUACGAUGCCACAUAGCCUUCUUGGUUACCAGUCCAGGUCCCCGGUGUUUAGAACGCUAUCCAGAUCGUCCAGCGGAUACUUUUCGUUCGACUACGAUUCUGUCCCGAGCUCUCCUCUUAUGACCCAUAACAAGUCGACACAGACUCCGAGUCCGUCUAGCCAAGUCAUUACCCAUGCACAGCGACGCAUGCCCCACGUGCACGAAAACUUGCAAGAUAAUGAGACGGCGCAGAUCCCCCACCGGCCCUUUAGACCGCGGUCUCUGUCGAUGCCGGCGGACAUGCGGCCCGAGGUGUGGGUGGCACAGGAGCUGCGGCGCAUUGGCGACGAGCUGAACAGGCUGUACACGCAGGGGGGUGGCAGGAAUGGAAGGGCAGCCCUGGCAGGUGGGCGGGUCAACAAUGAGCCCGCCCUCCGGCUGUGGCUCUCCAUCCUGGUUGGCCGGCUACUACAGCUCAUUCAGCGGUGGAGAUGAUGGACGGACACGCCGUCCCACCCACCUCCAGACCCAGCAGACGCGUAGCAUGCUGGUCUUUCCUGCACACUGUACAUAUGUAAAUACAUAGGCUUUUUAAAGUACGUCUUUCACCAGCUCUACCACCUUGCCCCUGGACCUGCCUCUGCCUGUUGGCUUGGAACAGCCUUUUUCCUCAGAGAACCUAGCUGUUCUCUUCAAUUUGGAAUAAUCUGGGAUGAAUCCAUCAAGAAAUAAAAUACUUCAUUGGGAAUUUGGUAAAAAAAAAAAAAAGGAAUUUUUGUGCACCUCAUGACUGUUUCCUGCGAUAUUCGGAAAGCUGAGCCAACGCCAGAAACGCCAAAGACACUGACCAGCAAGGAUCAGCGGCACUCCUCUCUUACCCGGGCUCCUGUGGAAUAUGCAUUAUCAUACUGCAGCCUCUUGUACAGAAUUUGCGCUUCCAAACAUCUGCUUCCCUUCUUUCUUUAUUUCUUUUUUUCC